AAUAAAACAACUAUAAUAUAGUUUCACUUAGUUCCCUUCGUUUAUGUUCAGAAAAUUGUGAGAGUCAAAGAGCCAAAACGGGUAUAUAUUUUCGGUAGUAGAGAACGAAGAAUGUGUAGCGUGAAAGCGGGUAAAUUGGAAUCAAUCAAGAAUCUGAAAUGGUAAAGCGUCCGCGUUCAGAGCUGGAACCUAUUCAUCAAGAAACCCUUUUUAAGAUUUAAUUGUGGAAAUGAAAGAUUUCUAUCCAAAUAGAUAUAAAACCUCUCUCUCCAUUCUCCCAAUUUUGCCACUUUUCUCUUCUCCUUAUUUGACAGCAAAACACGCGCAUUAAAACCUCUCUUCCUUGUUGGCACCGUCGCCAUUAAAGCUUUCUCAAUUAUCAUCAAAAACCUGAACUGUCUUUGUCCCAUUUUCCCAUCUGAUCUCAUCCUAUAUAUCCUCCAUUAUCGGCAUUACGAAUUUGCCGCACAAACCCAAUUCUCAGUUCUUUAUCCCAUCAUUCAUUGAAGAAAGAAACAGAGAAACGGUGAUGGGUUUUGGGAGAGAAAAGAAAUCAUCAUCAGCGCUUGAUGAAUUGAUAGAGAAAGCGGGAGGUUGUGCAGUGGUGGAUGGCGGUUUAGGAACUCAACUGGAGAUGCAUGGUGCCAGUUUCAAUGACCCUCUUUGGAGUGCUCUUUGCCUCAUCAAACAACCUGACCUUAUUAAAACGGUAUCAUGUGCUCUGCCCUUCCUUCCCCUGCCCUGCCUUACAGAUGUUCUAGUUUUUGCUUAACUGAAAUUGAUCCACUGGAGAUAAAUUUUUUAAGGCUAAUUUGGGUGUUAUUUUGUUGUUGUUGUUGUUGAGUGCAGGUGCAUUUAGAGUAUUUGGAAGCUGGUGCGGAUAUAUUGGUCACUUCAUCUUAUCAGGUUCUUACUUUUUGUCCUGCAGUUUGAGAGAGAUGGUGUUCAAUCUGAUAAGAUUUGUUGAUACUAAUGUAUAAUGCUGUUACAUGGAGUGAUUUUUUUUUUUUUUUUUUAACUUUUAUAUCAAUCCAGGCUACCAUUCCAGGAUUUUUGGAAAGAGGUCUUUCGAUUGAAGAAGCAGAAAAUCUGUUAAGGAGAAGUGUCAAAUUGGCUGUUGAAGCCAGGGAUGAGUUUUGGAAUGACAUUCAGAGGAACCCUCUGCAUAACCGAAACAGGGCUUUAGUGGCAGCAUCCAUUGGAAGCUAUGGUGCAUAUCUUGCUGAUGGUUCAGAGUACAGUGGGAACUAUGGACCCAAAAUCAAUUUGGAGAAACUGAAGGAUUUCCAUAGAAGAAGAUUGCAAGUUCUAGUGGAAGCAGGAGCUGAUUUGCUCGCUUUUGAGACAAUACCAAACAAAUUAGAAGCUCAGGCCUGUGCUGAACUUCUGGAUGAAGAGAAUGUGCAGAUUCCAUCAUGGAUAUGUUUUAGUUCCUUAGAUGGCAAGAAUGCCCCAUCAGGAGAGAGCUUCAAAGAAUGUCUGGAUGUGUUAAACAAAAGUAAAAGGGUUGCAGCAGUGGGUAUUAAUUGUGCACCACCCCAUUUUGUUCUUGAUCUCAUUAAGAACUUCAAAGAGUUAACUGUCAAAGCAAUAGUUGUCUAUCCUAACAGUGGUAGAUUAUGGGAUGGUAUAGCUAAAAGAUGGCUGCAGCCAUCAAAAUGUUUUGAUGAUGAAAAAUUUGAGUUAUCUGCAACAAGAUGGCGCGAUGCAGGAGCAAAACUCAUUGGUGGUUGUUGUCAAACAACACCAGACACCAUUCGAGCGAUUUCGAAAGUUUUGAAACUAAAGUUUUGAAAGACACCUCAAAAGUUGGAGUAAAAAACACAUUCUUGAAUCUUUUUGUUGGGGGAGGAUAGGGCAUUCCCCUCAUAUUAGCAGUGAUUUUUUAUAUUAUUAUUAUUAUCAUCAUUUUGGUGCAGUAUUUUACCAUCAUUAUAUUUUUACAUUAUUCAUUUAUUAGUUCAGUUGAAAUGGAGCUGAGAAAAAGAGAGACAGGGAGCUUUAGGUUAACUUUAGGAACUUUUGUACACAUCAAGGUCCUCUGAAAAAAAAUUGGCAGCAUAACACCAUCAAUGAAAGGAUUUUAUUACUAUCA